GCGAGUCACACCAGCCCUGAACCCGCACUCCUGUGUCCUCGCACCCGGCAGCCAUGGUCCCAGGCCCCCUGCUCUGGACCUUGGCCCUGAUUGCAGGCUGCCGGGCGCAGGACCUGUGGGUGUCCCAGCCCAGCUCCGUGCAGGGCACCGAGGGCGGCUCCGUCUCCCUGCCCUGCUCCUACCGCAGCCCCCGGGAGCCCCGGCUCGGCAGCUACACGUGGCUGAAGGAGGUGGCGGGCGCCCGGCUGGAGCUGAGCGACGGGACCCAGGAGUUCAGGGGCCGGGUGAGCCGGGCCGGGGAGCGGAGCUUCCUGCGGGAGAGAAGAGCCGACGUGGAGCUGCGGGACCUGAGACCCUACGACAGCGGGACCUACCGGUGCCUGGUGAAGAUCCCCGCCCUGGGCGAGGGGGCCGGGAACGGGACGUGGCUCCAGGUGCUGAAAGCGGCGCCCACAGACGUGAAGCCCGACGGAUUCGUCCUCUUGUGGCUUUUCCUGCGUGGGCUGAUCUGCACCUUCGGCCUCGCCGCCGGCGCCCUGGGGACCAGCUGGUGCUACCAGAGGAAACUGUCCCGGAGGAGACAGAGACGAGUCAGGGAGCGUCAGUCCAAAGCCCAGCUGCGAAUGUGAAUGUUCAUGUUCCCUGCUCUAACCACUAGCCUGUACUGCCCUCGCAGAGCUGGGAGAGAACCCAGGAGUCCUGGCUCCCAGCC